AUGUUUAAAUCAAAUUUUUUAGAACAACUUACUCGAACGAAAUGGUGGGUUAUUCCAAUGUUUUGGUUACCUUUAGUUAUUACUUUUCUGUUAGAAGGAUAUAAUUUGUUAAUAAAUGAUUUUGGUUCUUUUACUGGGGGUUUCUUUACUUUUUCACUUUUUAUGUUUGGAAUUCUUUUUUGGACUUUAAUGGAAUAUUCUUUACAUCGUUUUAUUUUUCAUUGGCAUCCUAAUCCAAAUUCCAAACAACAAUUGACUUUGCAUUUUUUAUUACACGGCCUUCAUCACAAAACUCCCCUAGACAAGGAUCGUUUAGUUUUUCCUCCUGCAGCUGCCCUUAUUAUUGUUGGAUUCUUUUAUUGUUUUUAUCGUUUAUUGCUUCCAUAUCCGAUUUUUUGUUGUUUUGGUACAGGAAAAUUAACUGGAUAUAUUAUUUAUGAUUUAAUACAUUAUUAUCUUCAUCAUGGAACUCCAGAGGCAAACAGUAAAUGGCAUAAAAAGAAAAUAUAUCAUCACAAUCAUCAUUUUAAAGAUUCUCAAUCCGGAUUUGGAAUUUCCACAACACUUUGGGAUCACGUGUUUGGAACAUUAGGUGCUGUUAGAUAA